AUGACUAGAUUAUGUUCGCUCGAAACAGUAGUAAUAACUUGUCUUAUACUUUUACUUAAUAAGAUAAGUUCAGUGUUGAACCUCGAGGAUGUGUUUUUCAACGGAAACUUCAGUGUCAAUUUAUCAAAUAUUUUUAGCGAGAAUCAUGUGAAAAUAAAUGACUUGAAAAUAAGUACGGCCUACCUUUUUGAUCUUCCACCUCCCCUAGAUUUAGACUUAGCGCUAUCAGCCCUGAAAGGCGUACGAAGUAUCGGGGUGAGAAAUAGCAAUGUUGAAAGCAAAACUAGAGGGAGUGAUAGGGGGAGGGAUGACGGUUUUAUGGAAGAUGAGAUAACCAUAGAAGUAGAAAAUUCUUAUGUAGGAGAACACAUCCAAUGGAACAAGGUAUCUAAACAAAAUUUCUUUAAAAUGGAGAUGCAGAAAGAGGAUGUGAUGAAAGGUAUGCCGAUGCCGUAUGAAAUAAACAACAUUGCAGAUGCAAUUAAAGAAAUAAAUUUUUAUUUUAAUCAGAGGCGUAAUGGAAUAUACGAAGAAAUUGUAUAUAAUGGAACGCACAUACCUGAUAUAUAUACAAAUGUAUUUAUAAUUAUUGUAAUAUCAUUUAUGUAUUUGUUCUGCUUUAAAACAAUAUGUGAAGGAUACACGAGGGGGAAAAAUGCAGCAAAAAAUUAUAUACCUAAAGCAUCAACUUUGUUCUUCUUUUUUUUAAUAUUAAAAAAUGUACUAAGUUAUUUUCCAGCUAUAUUGUCUUCUAUUGUUUGUUUAAUCAUAACGUUUUAUUUUUAUUCAAUAUCAAUGAAUCCAUGUGAACAAAUAUAUUUUUUGAAAAAUUCUACCAUAAAAAAAGAACCCAUAGGAUGGGUUCUAAUUGUAUUUGCAGAAUCUAUAAUAAUUGGAAAUAUCCUCUAUCAUUUUUUCUGUACCCCCCAUAUGUUACUAAUAUUAUUAAGGUACAUACCAAGUGAACUGUUGGUAAGAUUUAUAUGUUUUCUAAUACUAUUACUCAUAGGAUAUACUAUAUUCUUACUAAUGAUAAGUAAUUUAAUUUCAGCGAAGAAAGCACAGAAUUUUGUAUUCUCAUUCACAUCUUCUUAUUUAAUUGUGUCAAGCUGUACUUAUUUUUAUAAUCUCUUAGUACUGAGGGUGUUAAAGUAUACCAAUAUAUUUCAAAUAGAACCAAUAAUGUUUUUUUCUUACGCUCCAAAAUUUGUUUUUAACAUUCAGAAUUAUAUUGCCCUACUUACGAUAUUUAUACUCACGGCUUUGUCUAUCUACAUACCCAAAUUCAUAAAAAUCAAGAAAGAUGGCCUUCGCCAUGAAAAAAGAAACAAAGAAGAUUCAAGCACGGGAGGGCACAACAGGUAUGAUAUUAUUCUUAGUUCUUUCUCUUAA